UUUUCAACGCCCCUUUUCAUUUCCAAUUUACCCAUCCUUCCCCACCCACCAACAAUAAUGGCAAUUUCAAAAUCACAAUCUGCCUCUGGGUUGGCCCCCUUUCUUCCCAAUUGCAAUUGGCCCCAAUCUUUCCUCCCACUCAUUUUCCCCAUGGCAAUUUCAAAAUCACAAUUGCCUAUCCACAUUUCGAAUNGACCCAUUUUCAAUUUGGCCCCAAUCCUUCCUCCCCUCCCACUCAUUUUACCCCAUGGCAUUUUUCAAAUCACAAUUGCCCAUCCACAUUUCGAGUUGCCCCAUUUCCAAUUUGGCCCCCAUUCUUCCCCUCACUCAUUUUCCCCCAUGCACAUUUUCCAAUUCACAAUUGACCCCCAUCCCUCUUCCACUUUCAAUUGGCCCCUUUUUUCCCCAUUCCCUCCAAGACAAUUUUCAAACCAAAGUUGCACUAUCAUCCUUUACCCGCAAUCGACCAUUGCGUUCCCCCAUAAAACUUAAUAAACCCUAAUAUAACUUAAUAUAACUUAAUAUAACUUAAUAAACAUAACAUAAGAAAAUUGACGUUCGUGACAUUACACAAUUACUCUACUUUUGAAAAAGUAAAGUUAUUGCAAUUUUUGGUUUUCUCGGUUUACUUCUAUUAUUUUUAUUUCUAAACUGUAUCCUACUUAAUUUUUUUUGGACAUCUUUAAUUCCUUAAAUGCAACUUCUUUUUGUGUGUCAUUUAAAAUUGUGUCUUAUCGCUCGCAUAGAUUGGUACCUAUUUUGCAAUUUACUCAUGUUUAAAAAUUAAGUUUUCCGGUAAUUGCAUGAUUCUAAUCUUUUUUGUUUAUGUUGCGAUUAAUUCUAGUUAAUUAUUUUUGCAUCUGUGGUUUUUAUUUUUAGUAACUAUUUUGAAACAAAAAAUUAUCUUCUAUUGUCCAUUAAGUAGCUACUUUAUUAUUUAUAUUUUUCUUAAUAAAUUUUUGUUACUUUAUUCAAUUUAUUGUGACGAAAUAGAAUUUACUUUGAAACAUUGACAUAUAAGCGUUGAAAAUCAAGAUGGUAAUAAAUUUUUUUAUUUUUUC